UAAAGUGUCGCAAAGUGUCGCAAGACGCUGUCGCGCUCACCGCUCCCAGCUAGCACGAGCAAACGUUACACUUCUUACUUCAUUCAGGAUGUCGCCGGACACAUAGAUGAGUAUCAGUAAUGUUGCGUCAUAGAUCCUUCUAUAAAAUCAUCCCUCCAAAGCCGACAAACAAUUUAUUGCCUGUGCAGCAGUGGCCAUUAUUUUGAAGAUGGACAACCGAGUGUUAGCUGCCAAGCUAAUGUAACGUUAGUAACACAACGUCCUAGCUUACGCGAUCGACCUGUGGACAAAGUGCAACGCGGACGCAUAACAUGGCAGAAUCGCCGCCGUUGUCUGGGGUUAAUGUUGUUCUGGUUAUGGCCUAUGGAAGCUUGGUGUUCGUGCUGCUGUUUAUCUUCGUCAAAAGGCAAAUCAUGCGUUUCGCGAUGAGAUCCCGCCGAGGACCCCAUGCACCCAUCGGCCACAACGCACCCAAGGGUUUGAGGGAGGAGAUUGACUCCAUGCUGUCCAAGGUCCACGAGAUCCGCUUCGAACCUCGUCUCCUGUCCGAGGAAGACGACAGGCUGAGGCCCGAAUCCCAGAUCAGUCAGUCGCCUCAUUCAGCCCAUCAACUGCCACCUGAAUUAUGUUGCUACAACUACCUGUACAGAAUGAAAGCUCUGGAUGCCAUCCGUGACUCAGGGAUUCCUCUGCAGGAAAUAAGCCGCUCUCCCAGCGCGUUUACUGGACGCAGCUUCAGGAACUGGCUGAUGGAGCUGCGCAACUCCCACUCGCUGAUCAAGAGCAGCCGCAGCCCGCUCAUUGACCGUUUGCUCGAAGGCUACGACAGCGCUCGCCAUGGAACCGGGGUGUUUGGGGAAGUGGAGUUUCUCGAAUACCAGCGAGCUCUCGACGAACUGGCCGAUGUGGUAAAAGCAUAUUCCAGCACCACCAGUCUGGACCAGCACCACCAGUCUGCAGCGAAGGACCUGACGGGCUCCCCCGUCCGGAGCAGUCCUUCCACCAUCCAGGUCACCUACCUGCCCUCCACCGGACAGCGCAGCAAGAGGCCCAAACACUUUUUGGAGCUCAAAAGUUUUAAAGACAAAUACAACACGUUGGAGAGCACCCUGUGAGAGAUGUGUUCCCCGGACGGACGGACUGUCUGCAAAAUGUUCCUCUGAACGGAUACACAGUCUGCUGGAAAACAUGACACGUUGUAACUU